AAACGGCGCCGCCCGCCCUAGACAUUCCAAGACCAAUGGAUCGGAUGAUUCCACUGACGGCGUCGGUGGAGGUGCUCGCGGUGCUAGCCAACAGCGUCGGUGUGGACGAGGAAGAGGUUGACAAUGAAAGGAUGGAGAACGAGAACGACAUUCUCGACGACGGGAGCAUGCCGCUACGUCUCCACGGCGACGACUCGCGUGGGUCCGAUUCGGAGAAGGACGACGGCGAGAUGGAAAAGAAGCGGUACACGGUGCAAGAGCAGCGGGACGUCAUCCGCAAAAUCCAUGAGAGCAACCAGAUUCUCAAGCAGGAGCUCAGCAUCGAAUGGCGCGAGGCCAAGGCGAUGUUGGGAGCGGAGAAGCAAGCCAAACUCAAGCGCCUCCAGAAGCAAUCGACGUCGUACUCGCACAAGAUAGAGCAGGAGAAGCGCGCGAUCAAGAAGCUCGAGGAGAGUGUGGCGGCGAGGCAUCGCGAGCUCCAGCACCUUCGAGAAGAGAACGUUCGGAAUGACAAGUUGGAGAGUGUCGCUGCCGCCACACGCCGCGUUCGGGCACUCGAAAAUCGCCUCGAGAUCUCACUCGUGAAGAAGAAUGAAGUCGACUCGAUCAACAAGCAUCUCCGCCAACAAAUCGACAAAGUCCGUCGCGACCGCAUCGUGUUUGACGGGAUCUACAAAAAACUCGAGCGUGAAACGUGCGAGUUCCGCCACCGCUUGGAAGGGGCGACGGCCGACUUGGCCAAGAGCAUUGCCGCAAAGGAACAAAUCGACAAGGAAGUCCAGGACCUCCAAGCUCUGGUCGAGUCGGAGCAGAUCACGUACGAAAAGGAGUUUAAGGAAUUGCGGAUGCUGAUUGCUACGUCCAAGCAGGAAGCAGCCGAGCAGGCACGGGCGAUCGAGUUGGCCCCGGAAGCCGAAGUCGUGAGUGGUCAGCUGUCGUCGGACCAGGAAAGCUCGAUCCACCGGACGUCCGCGUUGUCGUCGUGGAAAAUUGCGUACGACAAAGCCAUCAGCACGGCGAGCAAUGCCGAAGCGUUGCGGUACCAGCAAAUGUUUGAGAAAAUCUACCAGGAAACGGGCAUCCCGGACGCGGAGAAACUCGCGCAAGAGAUUCAACGAAAGGACGAAGACAACUUCAAAAAGUUCAAGCACGUCGAGACCCUUCACAAAGAAACGGACGACCUCCGCGUCGAAAUCGAAAAGAUGACGGCGGCGCUGGACGCGUACAAGCUCCAGGAAGGCAUCGGGACGAAUGUCCUCGACAAAGCGACGUACCGGGCUUUAACCGCCAAGUUGACCGCUGUCGAAGAGACCAACCAGCGCCUGGACGCCGAAUUUGACGAGAUGGGGGUGCGCCUCGCCCGGGUCAAAGCGACUGUGCAUUCGCUCUUCACCAUGCUCAACCAAAAGUCGUCCGAGACCGGCCAGGGGGGCGCGGCCGUCCACGGGGUAUCCCUCAACGACAUCACGGAUUCCAACAUGCUCGAGUACUUGCAAGUCGUCGAGAAAUCGAUCCUUUCCCUACUCCACCACGGCAACAAUGGCGGCGCCACCCAUGGUCCACACGUCCUUGCCGAAACGUCUCCAUUUGAAAACGCCAAAAAGUUCAAGCAGUCGCUCGAGCCUCCGUCGUGCCAUGACUUGACGGGGGCAACGAUGCCGACGGCACGAGCGUCCGGACACAAUGGCGCGUCAGCGGCGCGAACGUCGUCCAGAGUCGGCACCCCCACAACGCACCGACACAACCUGCGUGGAGGUGCUGGGGACGGCGUGGAAGAAGAGGAACGAGCGCUGACGUACGACGAGCUGAAGGAGUCGGCGCAGGCAGCGUUUGCAACGUCGUCGUCAGGACUCAAGCACCAGCCUCGCGCAACUGCACGCGUGACGAUCCAAACUCCCCCCACCACGUAGAUGAUUUGAACACAAUGCAUGGGGAGCCAAGCGCGAGGAUGGCUCGCACAGGUCGCUCGUUAGACUUUGUUAUAAACGGUGAAAUUACUACCCGCGUUCUGUCGCGGCCAAGAGGAAA